ACCGUGUCGCCCAUCGCUGCGCCACACAUCUGUUGGGGUCGAGGCGAAACAGUCAUACUCGACUUUUUUCUUUACAUAUCAUUCUCUGAUUUCUGGCCUUCGAUCGGGUAGGAAAUAUUGUUGCACGUGACCUGAAAUAUCUCCACGCAAACUAGGAAAUCACAGCAUUCGAGAUGCCUUUUGCGAAGCCCGAGUCCCUUCCAAAAGCAGUCAAAGAUCCGCUACCGACGACACGUCGACCAGCCAUGGUGCCUACAGUUGACACAAAGUCAACACUAUAUCCGAAGAUCACGAAUUACAUCGCCGAGAUCGUCCAGGGCUUACAACACCUAAACCACGACCCCGAGAACCCUGAGAAGGAAGUCAUACUAGACCCAAUACCUAUUUUUGGCACAGUCAAGCUCCAUGGAACACAUGCAGACAUCGUCAUCUACAAUGACGACCACAUCGUUUUCCAAUCGCGGAACGUGGCAGGCCUCUCCGCCACCAGGGACAACCAGGGCUUCGCGACUGCAAUGUCAAAAAAGGGCAAAAACCUCCUCCGGCUACGCGAUCUAUAUCUGGCGCGGUGGACGCACCUCAACCCUAAUGCAACCAUCGACGCCUUGCACCCGGUUGUCAUAGCAGGCGAGUGGAUUGGCGAGAAGAUUCAAAAAGACGUCGCCAUCGCUCAACUAUCCAAACGCUUCGUCAUCAUAUCCGUGAAUAUCAAUGGCCAAUGGCAAAACGACACCUGCUUCUCAGGUAUUAGCUUACCAAACCACGACAUCUACAACAUCUCCCGUGCCGGCCGCUUUAGCGCGACAUUAUACCCCGAAGACAUCCAGCGUACCAUCUCAGAGGUUGAACCGCUUGCUGAGCAGGUCGCCAGCCAAUGCCCCUUCGCAGAGACCUUUGGAGUCAAGGGUGAGGGCGAGGGCCUAGUAUGGAAACUCGCGCCCCCGCAAUACAACUCAAACACGAGUCUCUGGUUCAAAACCAAGAGUGGUAAGUUCAAACCAACUUUCGCGCAGCCACCAAAGAAGGUGAAAAGCUUUGAUACAGUAGAGGAGAAGCGUAAAGAGGCGGCGAGUGUAGCGCAGGUAUGGUGUAGCGAGCAGCGGCUAGAGCAGGGCUGGGAUGUGUUGAGGGAGAAGGGGAUUGAGCAUAACAUGCGAGGGCUCAGCGACUAUCUCAAGUGGGUUCAACAUGAUGUUUUGGUUGAGGAGAAAGGGCACAUUCAGCAGUACAAUAUAGAUGAAGGGGCACUGAAAAUUGAGAUUGCCAAGAUUGCGAAGCCAUGGUAUGUAGGACGAUUGCAUUUCGGGGUCAAUUGAGUACCAACGCCGCCGAAG